AUGAGUUUAUAGCAUUUGUUGUGAGAUGAGCCAAGUUGAAUAUCUGUAUAUACACUUCUAUUUCUCUUCUUCUUCUUUCUCAUCUCUCCCAAAUAUUCAGAAUGCUUCCUUAUCAUACCCUUCAAGAAGCAGAAGUUGCCCUAGGAAGAGGACUAACCCUUGCUGAGACAAUAUGGUUCAAAUAUUCUGCAAACAAACCUGAUUUUCUGCUUCAUUGCCAUAACUCUCUAUUCUUGUUGCUCUUUUAUUCUAUUGCUCCUAUUCCAUUCUUAUUGAUGGAGCUUGGUGCCAACCACAAACUAAACAAACAUAAGAUUCAGCCCAAAGUGAAAAGAACAUUCUGGGAAAUGUUCAAAUGCUACAAAGAUGUUGUGCACACCUUUUUCAUUGCAGUUACUCCACUUCAGAUCAUUUCUUAUCCCACCAUAAAGUGGAUUGGGAUCAGAACUGGUUUGUCACUGCCAUCGGGCUGGGAAUUAUUUUGGCAGAUAUUAGUUUACUUUGUCAUAGAAGAUUAUUUGGGCUAUUGGGUUCACAGGAUGCUCCAUUACAAAUGGGCCUAUCAGAAGAUCCACAAGGUUCAUCAUGAAUAUUCGGCACCAAUUGGGCUAUCGGCACCUUAUGCACAUUGGGCUGAGAUAAUCAUAUUGGGUAUCCCCGCAUUUAUUGGCCCAGUACUAGUACCAGGCCACAUAACAACCUACUGGUUAUGGUUCAUUUUGCGCCAGCUAGAAGCCAUUGAGACUCAUAGCGGGUAUGAUUUUCCUUGGAGUUGCACAAAGUUUAUACCAUUUUAUGGAGGAGCAGCAUUCCAUGACUACCAUCACUAUGUUGGUGAAAAAACUCAAAGCAAUUUUGCCUCAGUAUUUACCUAUUGUGACUACAUUUAUGGAACUCAUAAGGGGUACCAAUAUAUAAAACAGAAGGGAAGGGAAAAUUCUACUUACACCAAAAAGUACAAGAUGAAGUAGCUGUGUUAUGCUUUCAGCUUUAAAAUUGGCUAUGUGGUGAAAUAAAUAUGUGGUGAAAUAAAUAAAGAUAAUGAUACUUAGACAACAUUGUUUUAACAACAUUUGAACAUCAUUUACGUGUCAUUUUGUGAUUGGUCCAAAAUUACUCUACAAUCAAUAAUAAUAAUAAUCAUAAAUACACCAAUCACAGAAUGACAUAUAGAUAAUGUUCAAAUAUUGUAAAAAAAAAUGUUAUGUAAGUAUCAUCAUCCAAUAAAUAAAGAAAUAUAGUUUAAAUAAAUAACUUAAUUGUUCUCUAUAAAACUUAACUAUCUACGUAUUG